AUGGUUUUAUUCACAUCAAUUAAUAACCUAGCGAAUGUUAAUAAUGGUGCAGCAUUUAGGCGAAGGAAAUUAUUCAUACCUCCUUCAACGAGGCAACCAAUGUUUAAAUAUGGAGAAGAUGAAGAUGAUAGAUCAUUUUUAAGUUUAAUUGAAAAUGGUUCAGUUUUUGAAGAAGAAGAAGAUAUAAGUGAUACAGCAAGUGUUAGUACUUCAAGAUCAUUACCUGAAUCAUUAAGUAGUGCACAUACAAAUGAAGAUCAAGAACUGUUUCAUUCAUGGUUAGUUGAAGAACAUAAUCGUAGAAUUUCAGAAAUUGAAGAAGAAGAAGAUAUGUUAAAUGCAAAUAUAUAUGGUCAUAGAGGUAGAAGGCGAUCAAGUAUAACAUCUUCAAAAUAUUCACAAGGUUGGGAAGAUUUUAUGAAAAUUAAAACAAAUUAUAUUCAUGAAAGUUAUGUAUUAUUUCGUCAUGCUACUCCAUUAAUUAUUACAUUUAUAUUAGAACAUUUUUUUUCAAUUGUUUGUUUAAUUGUUGUUGGUAAAUUGGGGACUGAUGAAUUAGCUGCUGUAAGUCUUGCAACAAUGACUUCAACUAUAACAUUUGCAAUAUUUGAAGGAAUUGCAACUUCUUUAGAUACUUUAUGUCCACAAGCUGUUGGAGCAAGAAAUUAUGAAAUGAUGAGUCUUUAUGUUCAAAGAUGUAUAAUGUUUUCAUGGACUGUAUUUAUACCGUGUGGUUUAUUUUGGUGGUUUAGUCCAUAUUUUUUAAAAUAUAUUAUUGAUAAUGAAAAUGUAGUACAUUUAACUUCAACAUUUUUAAGAAUUUUAAUUUUAGGAGCUCCAGCUUAUAUAUUUUUUGAAAAUUCAAAAAGAUUUUUACAAAGUCAAGGAAUAUUUGAAGCAGGUACUGGAGUUUUAUUCAUUAGUGCUCCUAUUAAUAUUGGUUUAUCUUGGUUUUUGGUAUGGAAUUCAAAAUUUGGAUUGGGAUAUAUUGGAUCACCAAUUGCAACUGUUAUAAAUUUUUGGAUUAUGUCAAUCUUGUUAGUAUUAUAUGUAAGAUUUAUUGAUGGUAAAAAAUGUUGGUUUGGUAUAGCUUCUAUAAAAGAUAUAUUUUCUGAUUGGGGUCAAAUUGGUCAUUUAGCACUUCCAGGUGUCGUAAUGAUUGAAUCAGAAUAUUUGGCUUAUGAAAUCAUGACUUUAUUUGCAUCAUAUUUUGGAACUACAGCUUUAGCUGCUCAAAGUGCAGUUGCCAGUAUAGCGUCUAUUGCAUAUAUGGUUCCAUUUGCAGUGAGUAUAGCUGCAUCGACGAGAAUUGCCAAUUUUAUAGGGGGUCAAAAUCUAGCUGGAUCAUUAAUAUCAACAAAAGUUGCAAUGUUGGGAGCUUUAGUUGCAUCAAGUACAAAUUGUUUAAUUUUAUUUACUUUUAGAACUCAUUUAGCUCAUAUUUUUACAGAUGAUCCAAAAGUAGUUAAUUUGAUUGAAAAUUUAUUACAUCCUUUAGUUGCGAUUUUACAAAUUUUUGAUGGUAUUGCAUCUGUAAAUAGUGGGAUCUUAAGAGCUCAAGGAUUACAAAAAAUCGGGGGACUUAUUAAUUUUAUAGCAUAUUAUGCAUUUGCAUUACCUUUAGCAUUAAUUUUAAGUAAAGUAAUGGGCUAUAAAUUAUAUGGAUUAUGGAUUGGAGUAGGUUCAGGAAUGUUGAUUAUUGCAUUAAGUACAUUUUUUGUUAUUCUUUUCAGUGAUUGGGAUCAAAUUUUUAUGCAAGCUGGAUUGUUGAAUGAAUCCGAUGAUGAUGAUGAUAAUGAGUUAUAG